AAUUCACUCGUGCCCUUUCUUCUCUUAUCGACCUUCAUACGCUGAGAAUUGCGGAUCGUUGUUCUUGAUUUUCUGUUUGGAAUUUGUAAAAUCAUCCUUGCUUGUGUAUCUGUUCGUAAUGGAAACCAAAGAAGAUGAAUUAGUUUUAAUUUUUUUAACAAUGCUUACAAGAUCGUUUAAGUUGAAGAUUGUUUAAGUUGAUUUACAACUAUUCUCUCAUGACGAUAGGACCUUUUUGGUCCUGCGACCUCCAAUGGUAUUAAGAAAAUGUUAUAGACUAGAAAAUUGCCAAAUCGUUUAGUUAGAGACUUCGUGGUUCAUACGAACUGUAGUUUCAAACUUCACACGGCUGGUGAGGUGCACUGAAUUUCCUCAGUUCUGUAUUUCAUCGUCGUGAUUGUAGCAGGGGUCAAUGAAAAGAUUCUUGAGUGGUUUAAAACCAUUUUAACACAUUGGGAUGUAACAUUAUAUUUUAUGCUCACAUAAGUUGAAAAUUGUACAACGGUACUAUUUUUCUUCAUUGACCAUCUUUUAUAAAGUUUCUCAACUAGAAGUUAAAAAGCCAUAAGAGCUCUCACAAUUAUGACUUCAUGAGCCUGGCUGAAGUCUGAGGUUAUGUUGGCCUCAACAGUUUCUCAACUAGUAGUUGUGAAACACCAACCUAUCUUGCCAGAAGGCUCUAAAGGUUGGGUCCAUGACAAAUUUCAGCUCCAAAACCGUUAAAGCUUUCAUGGUUGUAGCCCUUCUCAACUGAGUUGACUGCAAAGUUUGGGCUAUGCAAACCCCAACAGUUUCUUAACCAAGGACAAACCUUUAACUUUAAAGCCUUUAGUAGUUGGCUCUGAGGUGAACUUUGGCUACACACAUAAAAGUUCUCUCAGUAGUAAUCCUGAAUUAGCCAAGUCUAAUGGCGUAUAAUUGUAGUUAGUUUGUUGUCCUUGUUAUAAGUUUGUUCAGGGAUGUUAAGUUUCUGUUGUAUUUGUCAUUAGGCAGGUUUAUUCAAACUACUUGCGGCUCCUUUCUGUAUUUCAAAAGAUUAUGUCAAAAAAAAAUUGUAUCGUACAAAUUCCAUUGUGCCUAUUGAAUAUAUGAGGAUAAUUAAUUAAACUAUAAAUUCCAUUAAAGUCAAUUAUGAAAUCUAAAGCCAUGCAAGCACUAGCUGUUAAACAAUCGUGAAAAUCUCAUCCAAGAACUCAAGAUAAUGCAAUCAUAGUAGUUGCAGCUUGAGCAAUGUCCUCAUAACUGAGUUGUCCACUUCAAGUUGAUCCUUCUCUCUGCCCCUUACUUCGGGCAAGCUACUGCCCCUUACUUCCUGAAAUUGCUACAGGUACCCAAUGUCCGAAAGGAUUGAACUACCUACUCUUUAUUUGGAGAUGAAUCUUAUAACAGUUGAAAUUGUGGUCUUAUGGACCUGACAUUUGUCACAUCCCUUAUGAUGUAAGAUUGAAAGAUUCAAACCUUCUUCCUUGGUGCGGAAAUAGAUGUGGCCAAAACUAUAAAGAUUGGCGUAGUCGCUCAUAGGGACUUUAACCUUCUUCCUUGGUGCGGAAAUAGAUGUGGCCAAAACUAUAAAGAUCGGCGUAGUCGCUCAUAGGGACUUUGAAAGGAGGGUUGAUUGCCUUGUUACUCAAGGCUGUGAUAUCGUAGACCACCCUUGGGACCCCUGGAGGUUUCAGCUGAGAUUGAACAGAUUUAGGCUUUGGGGUGGGGCGUCAACUCUCUUGUUUUCGUAACUUGCAGCUCGAAAGGCACUUUUCUACAUCUAAGCUUAUGCAGGUGGUACUUGAAAUUGUAUAUAUAAUAAUACUCUCAGUUAAUGUGUAUAAAAAAAACUCAGUUAAUUAAAAACAACUAUUUAGUAGUAGCAUGCUUUCCUCCACAAAUUAUGUUAUCUUUUUCCUUUGCUGUGUAUCGUGUAUUUUACUAAUUCUCUCUUUGUCUGUUUACAUGCUCCUCGGCCAUGGGCUUGGUUCAUAUUUGUGUUUCCCAUUUUUCCAGGGACCUCUAUUUCAUGAUGGGAUGAAAGAAUGGAGCUGUUGCAAGAAAAGAAGCCACGACUUCAGUUUAUUUUUAGAGAUUCCAGGAUGCAAGACCGGAAAACAUACAACGGAAAAGCCAGUUUUGACCAAGCCUACCACUUCCGUGAAGAAGCCAAGUCCGGCUCCUGUGUCUUCCAUGACAAAUACAUUAGGAAAAGAGUCAUGCGCUAGGUGCCGGCAAGGUUUCUUUUGUUCAGAUCAUGGUUCACAAGUCCAAGGCAAUAACAAAUCUAUUAAUCAAGCCUCAAAUGUACCCCCUGCAAGCAAUAUAGAUUCUCAGGUCUCUCCUGCUCCAGCAAAAAAGACAGUAGGCAUAAAUGAACCUCAGAUCUGCAAGAAUAAGGGAUGUGGGAAAACUUUCACAGAGAUGGAUAAUCAUGACACUGCCUGUAGUUACCAUCCCGGACCUGCAGUCUUUCAUGACCGGCUGAGAGGGUGGAAAUGCUGCGACGUUCACGUUAAGGAAUUUGACGAGUUUAUGGAAAUUCCACCCUGCACUCAAGGUUGGCACAAUGCAGAUUCAGCAUAACUAUACAACAGAGGCGGACGAGGAGAAAUAUCUGUGGAGAUCAAGGUAACCCUCAUCAAGCAUAUAUACAAAAUGAAGCUGCGUGUUGUUUCUGCAUUUCGCGUUCUACUCUCUCGAUUGAACUUUUAAAUUGAUCAUAGAGAGAUGUGCUUGCAUAUGUGUUGACCGUCGAAUGUUAUGAACUGCUGAUCCUGCAAUAUAACAGUCUUAACCCUUGGAAGCUAUAUAAUUGAUAUCAUAUUCGCUACAAAUGCUCAUUUUAUGUGUGGUUUCAAUAAUUGAACAUUGCACUCUCCUGUCAUCUGUGAUAGAAAAUGACAGUUUGAUUUGAGUGAGUGAUAUUGUAUCCAUUACAUGUUCUAUCUGUUCUAACUUCCACGAGUUUCAAUUUCAAUAUAGGGUUUCCUCUUUGAUAGGAUUGUGUA